GCGCGGCGCAGCCAAUCAGCGGGCAGCAGCGUUGCAACAUUAAGCCGAGCGGAGGCCGCCGCGUUCCAUCCGGUUCGGAAGCAUUCCGGCUGGGACGAUGUUCUAUCACAUCUCCUUGGAGCAUGAAAUCCUCUUGCACCCUCGUUACUUUGGGCCCAACCUUCUCAACACAGUGAAGCAAAAGCUGUUCACGGAGGUGGAAGGAACCUGCACGGGCAAGUAUGGCUUCGUCAUCGCCGUCACCACCAUCGACAACAUUGGGGCGGGCGUGAUUCAGCCGGGACGUGGCUUUGUCCUUUACCCUGUGAAAUACAAAGCGAUCGUCUUCCGGCCUUUCAAAGGCGAGGUGGUGGAUGCUAUCGUGACUCAGGUGAACAAGGUCGGCCUCUUCACUGAGAUCGGACCCAUGUCUUGCUUCAUUUCCCGACACUCGAUUCCUUCAGAAAUGGAGUAUGAUACUAACUCCAAUCCUCCGUGCUACAAGACUGUGGAUGAGGAUAUUGUCAUCCAACCAGAGGAUAAUAUCAGAUUGAAGAUUGUGGGGACCCGGGUGGACAAGAACGAUAUAUUUGCUAUUGGAUCACUGAUGGAUGACUAUCUGGGUCUCCUGAACUGAAGUUCCAUCUCCGUUCUGGCUUGUUUUCCUCCUCCGUCUCCACGAUCGUUCCUUAGUCAGAAAGGUUGGCUGGCUGCUGUGUUAGGGGAAGGGGUGACCAUUUCCAGCCUCUCAUGUUCGCUGGGAGCGUUGUUGAAGGGCCACUGGUCUUCCCCCUCCCCUGUUGUGUUCUGCUGGGAUUGAGUGUCUGUGUAAGCCCCUUUUUCGGUCAUUAAACGUUUUCCUGUUCGGC